CACAACAGGUGACCCCCCCACGCUGUUGGUGAUAAUUCUACAACAAGCCAUGGUCUCAACGCGCAAUCAUCCGACCGCCUUUCCGUCCCCGGAUCUCACGUCUCCCUCCAAACGCGCCUCCACUCCCUCCACUGCCGUCGCACGCAGAUCCAAAUCCGCGCAGUGGACCCAUACACCCUCCAACCUGACCCUGCUAUGGCUUGCCAUAUCUCUGCCAUUGGUCAUCUGGGAUACCGGCUAUGUAUUUCUUCGGCCGCACAGCAUGCCGGGUGGUAAGCUUCAUUGGCCCAUAUGGCAACCAUAUGCGUUGUACGGUACCAUCGACUACGUCUACGGCUGGCCGGCGUACAACUCUCAAAAUGGCUUCACUGCAGCUCAGGCUAGCUUGAAUGCAGUGGAGACGAUCUUUUAUUUUGUGUACUUGUGGUUGGUUCUGAGAAAUGGUACCCAAGCAGGCGCCAAGGGUAGAGGCGCGCCAUCGAGGGCUUUUGUCGGAUGGUUCGCGCAGAGCAGAGAAGUCGCGGGUAAUGCUGCUGGAAAGGCUGUCCUUGUGGGUUUCACAGCGGCUGUCAUGACCGUAAGCAAGACUGUGCUAUAUUGGCUGAAUGAAUAUUUCGGUGGGUUUGAAAACAUUGGUCACAAUGACUUUACCAGCCUUUUAUGCCUCUGGAUCAUCCCCAAUGGCGCUUGGAUUAUUGUGCCUAGCUACAUGAUUUAUGUCUUUGGACAAGAAAUUGUCGAGGGGCUUAAUGUGGCUGCUGGAGUUGCUUCCAAGAAAUUGGUCUAAACGCAGUCCAAGCCAGAAUCGCACAACGGUGGUCUACCGCAUGGGUUUUUGUUUAACGUCCGUCACCAUCAAGCGAGGUAGGGAAGGAUACAAGCAGCCCCUCCAGUAUCCCAUGUCUAGCUGCAAUCCUGGGUUCUGGGUAUAGAUGGGAAGGUCUUAGAGCACACGCACGCAUACUAUACAUAUAUCAACUGCGUUUCUUCUUCAACUCCGU